AUGAAGUCUGGAGCUCAGGCUGAGAGCCUGGAUGAUAUCAUUGUGAAAGGUAUAGAGAUGUGCGCCAGUCAGUCUGGCCUGGUCGAUCUCAGCGUACGGGCACCCUCCGGGAGGCCUGCAGGACUCCGCGCAGGCCAACAGGUGACUCGUCCCGCGUAUCCUCCCUGCACACCUGGGACAGCAAGCGCAGUAGAAACUCCCCGAAGGCGGGGUCCCGGGGAAAGGGAGGGCAAGACUCCAGCGCAGCCGAACGCCGGGCGGGGCCGCGCGGACUGGGAGGUGGUCACUAUCCGCGAGGGCCGUCGGGCACCACACGGGGAGCUCCGGAUGGCGGGGCGCAGGGUUCCGGGCGCGGGGGCGCCGUCGGGCGCGGUCCCGGUGCUCUUCUGCUUCUCUGUCUUCGCGCGGCCCUCGUCGGUGCCGCACGGCGCGGGCUACGAGCUGCUCAUCCAGAAGUUCCUCAGCCUGUACGGGGACCAGCUGGACAUGCACCGCAAGUUCGUGGUGCAGCUGUUCGCCGAGGAGUGGGGCCAGUACGUAGACCUCCCCAAGGGCUUCGCGGUGAGCGAGCGCUGCAAGCUGCGCCUCGUGCCGCUGCAGAUCCAGCUCACUACCCUGGGAAAUCUUACACCUUCAAGUACUGUGUUUUUCUGCUGUGAUAUGCAAGAAAGGUUCAGACCAGCCAUCAAAUACUUUGGGGAUAUUAUAAGCGUGGGACAAAGACUGUUGCAAGGAGCCCGGAUUUUAGGAAUUCCAGUUAUUGUAACAGAACAGUACCCUAAAGGUCUUGGAAGCACUGUUCAAGAAAUUGAUUUAACAGGUGUAAAACUGGUACUUCCAAAGAGCAAGUUUUCAAUGGUUUUACCAGAAGUAGAAGCAGCAUUAGCAGAGAUUCCUGGAGUCAGGAGUGUUGUAUUAUUUGGGGUAGAAACUCAUGUAUGCAUCCAACAAACUGCCCUGGAGCUUGUUGGUCGAGGUAUUGAGGUUCAUAUUGUUGCUGAUGCCACCUCAUCAAGAAGCAUGAUGGACAGGAUGUUUGCUCUUGAGCGUCUUGCUCGCACUGGGAUCAUAGUUACCACGAGUGAAGCUGUUCUGCUGCAGCUGGUAGCUGACAAAGAUCAUCCAAAAUUCAAGGAAAUUCAGAAUCUGAUUAAGGCGAGUGCUCCAGAAUCGGGCCUGCUUUCCAAAGUAUAGGACACAUGAAGGACUGGUAUCCUACCCACCAUCAGGUGACAGGACUGUAUGCCCAGACAAAUUCUUGUCUCUACUAGAAUUAAAAUGUCAAGUCCAAAAUGUCCCCUUUUUUGCAGCUCUUAGUAACAUUUAACUAGCUAGAUCAUUUGGGUACUAGCAUUUAGUUACCAGUGUCCAAGGCUUCAGGUGCUGCUUACUUUCUUUUUUCCUAUCUAAUGUGUUUUUAUUUAUUAAAAAAUAAAUUACAGUGGAGGUGCCUGUUUCAUCUACACUGUACACACUGAUCAAGCGCACACCAUGGUGAAGGUUUCCUAAGUUGUGCACUUUAGAGAAAACCAAUAAUGGUUUGGUUUUGUAUUAUGGUAAGAUGUAGGUUAUUUUAAUGGACUCAGUGAUAUACAGGUUGAUUGUAAUAGGAUUAUUUUGGGUGAAUUUAAACACAGGUCUCUGCAUCAUCUUACCCAUUUCUCUUAUAUUACUUUUGACUUAUUGAGUGAGCCGCAUUGAUCUAACCUAACCAAAUUAUGUGGACUAAUGUAUCUUUCUAGAUUGAACUGAUUUUCUUAUUCUGGUCACUAGUUCUCUGUUGAUGUUCUCUUCUUUAGCUGAAUCUUAACUAGAGAGAAUCAUUGAAUUCUUGCUUAUUUUAACUUUAUAAACAGAAUGAUUUGCAGUGCCAUAUAAUUGGUAGAGGACCAUUGUAACAUCUUUCAAAUAGGACUUUAGCUGAAUAUCUUUACAGCCAUCUUGAGUACUUUUGUAAUAUGCACAGAUUUAGCAAAAAGGUAAAGACUGCAUAAAAUACAGUCUUAAAAUGUUCAUAUUCUGUUUCAUAUUUUGUCCACUUACUCUCCAAAUAUUAUAAAGCAAAAGGCAUCUGUAAUGAUCUGGUGAUACUAACAUUAUGGUCAUUGUUAUCUUUCAAUAAAUUUAUUUUCACUAAGUACUUAUUAGAGUGUUUUAAAACUCGGUUUCUUUUUAAUAUUAUGUGAAAUGUGGAACAUUAUUGUCUUUUCUAUUAAAGCAAUUAAAGAAAA